UCCAUACAUAGGUAUUUCUUUUCUAUACGUCUGUAGUUGUUUACACAAAUGUCUAUCUGUAGAGAAUCAGGGAUGGUGGGGUUGAUGCUGUUGCUUACAGCAGUGCUGCGGCUGCAAGCUCUAGCUCUUAAUCUCCGAGAACUGAGAUUAUUGGCGGUUGAACACAAUAUCACAUGUGCAUUGGUUUUUGGGGAUUCGACCGUUGAUCCUGGCAAUAACAAUCAUCUAGCGACGACUUUCAAGAGCGAUUUCCCACCAUAUGGGAAGGAUUUUUUCGGUGGCCGUCCUACCGGAAGAUUUACAAAUGGCAGACUUCCGACGGACUUGCUCGCGGAAGAAUUCGGUAUUUCAAGGAUGAUUCCAGCUUUUCUAGACAAGGGUUUGAAGAAGACGGACCUCUUACAUGGUGUUAGUUUCGCUUCGGCUGGAUCUGGUUACGAUGAUCUUACAGCACACUUCACGAACGUGUUGCCCUUCUCAAAGCAGAUAGAGUAUCUGAUGCAUUAUCAAAUCCAUCUUAGAGCGUUGGUGGGUGAAAAAAGAGCGGCUGAGAUUGUAAGCAACGCUGUCUUCGUACUCAGCGCUGGUACCAACGACUUCAUACAAAACUACUACUUGGAACCGACUCGUGCAAAGCAAUUCACGUUGGAUGGCUAUCUGGAUUACCUGAUCAGUUGCAUGAGCGCCAAUAUCAAGGAAAUGCAUAAACUUGGAGGGACAAGAUUUGCCGUCGUGGGUGUCCCACCAAUGGGAUGCCUGCCACUUGUCAAGACGCUAAUGGGAACGACAGGUUGCGUAGAUAGCUACAACAAAGCAGCAGAAUCCUUCAAUUCCAAGAUAAAAGCGGAGUUAGCUACGUUGAAGAAGGCAUUAGGUGUAAAAACUGUCUACGCAGAUUGCUACGGUGCGCUGCUCAAUGCAACCAUGAAUCCAAUGAAAUACGGUUUCACAGAGACUUCGAAGGGGUGCUGUGGCUCAGGAGUGAUUGAAUUUGGUGGCACGUGUAAGGGAGAGAGCACGUGUGAGGAUACCAACAAAUACGUAUUCUGGGACUCUGUCCAUCCAACGGAGAGAAUGUACAGACUUAUUGCCGACGACGCUAUCAGAUCCCUCUCAACCGAGUUCUUCGCAUGAGUGCAUUGUGAACGGUUCAUCGUCAAGCGCUCAACACAAUGCACCAAAGCACGUGCCAACAUGCCACAUGUGUGAAGAUUUGAGACAUUCGUCUAUUUGUUUACGCAGUGCCUGUGUCCUAUCUUGUGAAUUAUUAUGGACCGUCCAUCAUGUGAGAAAAACAUACACGUUGAAUGUAGACCAUUGGAGUUAUUAAUAUUAUUUUUUGCCAACCAUCCA